AUGUAUCGAUUACAUUUCGAUAACAAUCUUGUGACAAGGGAAAUUCUUUUGGAAGAUCUCUCUCUUCGUUUUCCUGCCUUCUGGGAUAAUGAGAAUUAUUUCAUCUUUGUCUCCUCCAUUUUUCAUGGCAAUUUCGACUUUGCUUUCUUUCUGACUUUCGAUCUAAAAAAAUUGCUUUUUUUCUUUCAUAAUCUUUCUUUCUUUAUUUUUUUCACCUUUUUUAAUUUAGUCUAUCUAGUCGUCAAUUUUUCUCGCUUUCUUUCUUUCUUUCUUUCUUUCUUUCUUUCUUUCUUUCUUCCUUUCCUUUUUAUUUUAUCUAGUCAUCAAUUUUCCUCGCUUUCUUUCUUUCUUUCUUUCUUUCUUUCUUUCUUUCUUCCUUUCCUUUUUAUUUUAUUUAAUAUUCAUUUCUCUCUCUCUUUUUCUUUGUCAUUUUCUCUCUUUCUUUUCUUUUCUUUUUUUCUUUCUUUGUUUCUUUGUUUCUUUGUUUCUUUCUUUCUUUUUAAGCUCUCCUCUGUCUCAUUCACCUUCCUUUCUUUUUCUACUUUUUUCUUAUUUUUGUCUACGUUGACUUAUUUCUCUUUUUUUUUUCUUUCUUUCUUUCUUUCUUUCUUUCUUUCUUUCUUUCUUUCUUUCUUUCUUUUCAAGUUCUCCUCAGUCUUAUUCACCUUUCUUUCUUUCUUUCUUUCUUUCUUUCUUUUUAAGCUCUCCUCUGUCUACGUUGACUUAUUUCUCUUUUUUUUCUUUCUUUCUUUCUUUCUUUCUUUCUUUCUUUCUUUCUUUCUUUCUUUCUUUCUUUCUAAGCUCUCCUCUUCUACGUUGACUUAUUUCUUUCUUUCUUUCUUUUCAAGUUCUCCUCAGUCUUAUUCACCUUUUAUUCUUUCUUUCUUUCUUUCUUUCUUUCUUUCUUUUCAAGUUCUCCUCAGUCUUAUUCACCUUUCUUUCUUUAUUUCUUUCUUUCUUUCUUUUCAAGUUCUUCUCAGUUUUAUUCACCUUUUUUAUUCUUUUUUUUUCUUUCUUUCUUUCUUUCUUUCUUUCUUUCUUUCUUUUCAAGUUCUCCUCAGUCUUAUUCACCUUUCUUUCUUUAUUUCUUUCUUUCUUUCUUUUCAAGUUCUUCUCAGUUUUAUUCACCUUUUAUUCUUUCUUUCUUUCGUUCUUUCUUUCUUUCUUUCUUUCUUUCUUUCUUUCUUUCUUUCUUUCUUUUCAAUUCUCCUCAGUCUUAUUCACCUUUUAUUCUUUCUUUCUUUCUUUCUUUCUUUCUUUCUUUCUUUCUUUCUUUCUUUUCAAGUUUUUCUCAGUUUUAUUCACCUUUUAUUCUUUCUUUCUUUCCAUUUUAAUGUAUUCAUAAAUUUCCUUUCUUUCUUUUGUUCAUUCUUUCUUUUUAUUUUAAUUCACCCUUUUCUUUUUUUCUUUCACCUUUAUUUUCUUUCUUUUUGA